UAAGACGUCUCUUGGAUUUAAUUUUUCGCCUUGAACGCGGGAGAAAAAAAAACAAUUUUUAAUUUUGAGCAAUUUACAAAGUAAUUAAAUACCGUCGACGGUUGCGUAGCCGAAAAAAAAAUAUUUGAUAUUUUUAACAAAAAGAAAUAGAAGAAGAAGAAAUUUCUUACAUCAUCACACCGCCAAGGGCACCCAGAAACGUAUGAAUCGCAAUUUGGGCAAGCAGAUCAGCAUACCGGAGUGGUAUGCUGACAAAAAUAUUUUUAUUUCCGGCGCCACGGGCUUCCUCGGAAAAAUUCUCGUUGAGAAACUUCUGCGCGAUUGUCCGGAUUUGUGUGCGUUAUAUUUGAUGGUUCGCGCAAAACGGGGUCAAACACCCGAGGAUCGUCGCAAAGAUUACAUCAACCAUUUGGUCUUCAAGGAGUUGCGGGAAACGAUGCCGCGUCAACUGGACAAAAUUAAGUUUGUGCAAGGCGAUGUGCUGGAAGAAGAGCUCGGAAUUUGCGAAAAUGAUCGAAAUAUGUUGCACGAAAAGAUCGACAUUGUCUUCCAUUGUGCCGCAAAUGUGCGUUUUGAUCAGCCGUUGAAGGGCGCCGUGCAAUUUAACACAUUGGGCACGUACAAAAUGUUGCAAUUGGCAGAAAAUAUGAAGAAAUUGCAAGCGUUCGUGCAUGUUGGCACGACUUAUUGUCAGUGUAACGAAGAAGUUCUCGAGGAAAGACGAUAUCCGGCGAAACAUCACCCAUUGGGAGUCGCUCAAAUGUGCAAUAUGUUGGGCGAGGACAUGAUUGAGGAAAUUACUCCAAAACUCCUGAAUGGACUGCCAAACACUUACGCUUACACAAAAGGUCUCACUGAGGAGUUAUUGUGGGACUACAGAGACAAAUUUCCCAUUGCUGUUGCCAGACCUUCAAUCGUGUUUGCUGCCUUGAAAAAACCCAUUCCCGGAUGGAUUGAAGGCAUGAACGGACCAACUGGAUUAGCUAUUGGAGCAGCUCGUGGCGUUAUUCGUACCAUGCAUUGCAAUCCAGACUACAAUAUUGAUGCAAUUCCUGUUGAUGUGACAAUUAACGGCAUUAUUGCCAUCGCAUGGCAACGUGGAAUGAGAGCCGAUAAGGAUAUUUUUUAUGUAAAUCUCACAGAACGCUCAAAUUUCCUCACCUGGGGCGAAAGUUUGGACAUUGGACGUGAAAAUUUCUUCGAAUAUCCCCUCACUUUUGCAUUGUGGUAUCCCGAUGGAUCGCUCAAGUCAAAUUAUUAUCAUCAUUUGUUGUGUGUCAUCUUUUUCCAUUACUUGCCAGCACUCUUGAUCGAUGGUCUCUUGAUCGUUUUGCGGAAGAAACCAUUCAUGUGGCGCGUACAGAAAAAAGUCUCAAACGGCUUGAAGGUCCUGCAAUAUUACACAACGAAGCCAUGGGUGUUCAAGACAGACAAUUACGCGGCGCUGGAAGAGAGUUUGUGUGAGUCUGACAAGGAGAAAUUUUACAUGGAUACGUCAACGAUGGAUUGGCGACCAUACUUGUUGGAAUACACAAAAUGUACCAGAACGUAUAUUCUGAAUGAGCCUCCAGAAACGUUGCCAAAAGCAAGGGCUAAUCUGAAAAGACUGUACUAUCUUGAUCGAUUUGUCCAAUUGUGCGUUUAUGGUUUCAUCUUAUACUUGCUAUGGUCUUACAUGGAUUGCUUUGUAAACGUCUUUGAGUACACAAAGAAUGCAAUUUUUAAAUGAACUGCCAGUCAAUUUAAUUUUUUGAGUGUUUUAUAUUUUUUUUUGUAAUAUUUUUUGUUUGAGUUAAUA